UCUUCGUCAUCUGUGGAACGCAGUUACAACGGCAAUACCGAUGUGGUAUUAACCCCUUGACGUGUUUGGUGUUAAGUUGCCAUUGCCUGGUGUUUGGGUUAAGCUCCUCACUGUUUGUCUCGAUGUGAUAAAAAAAAUAAAAAACAAACUUUUCCCUCAGCAUCGCAGCGCGCUUCAGGGCAGCGCCAGCGAGCUCAGAGAACAGCCACAACUUGGAUCUGCUUUCGCCACAGUUGGAAGAUACCGGCCUCAAGACGACGACAUUCUUGCAACACUUUAAGGACGUCGUCACGACGAAGUUCAACGGCAGAGAUCACCAUUUGCCGCCACUGCAUCCCGCGCAUCCAGCGCAUCAGCAGUCCGCGCUGCAUCACCACCAUCAGCCGCACCAGGCUGUCGCCCAGAGUUUCUCCACCAUUUUUCCAACGUAUCUCGGCAUGGAUCGCGCCGCCGCCGGCGGUUGCGGUGCGGCUGGCGGUGGCCUCGGCGUGGUGACCAGCUCGGCCACCGCUCUCGGUCCCGGCGGCAUUCCCGGUGGUGGCGGAGGCGGCGGUGUCGGGGUCAGCGGUGCAUUGAAUGGCCUCGAAGCCAUGUCCGCAGAGUCCACGGGAUUGUGUCUGCAGGAUUUGGUCAGUGCGAGCACAGCGAAUGGCGCCGGAUCGGCGGGCUCGGCGGAGAGUGCCACAACAACGAGCACAGCGCUGAGCAGCGGCAGCUCGACGGUGAAUGGUGGGGGGAGCAGCGCUUCGGGUGCGGAUCAUUUGCACAGCCAUCACAGCUUGCACGAUUCGAGCUCAUCGGUCAGCAUCUCACCCGCCAUCUCGAGCCUGAUGCCCAUCAGCAGUCUCAGUCACUUGCAUCACACGGCCGCCGGUCAGGAUCUGGUUGGCAGCUAUCCGCAGCAUCCGCAUCAUGCCGUCGUGCCGCCGCACACACCGAAGCACGAGCCGCUCGAGAAACUCAGAAUUUGGGCCGAAACCGGUGAUUUUCGUGAUAGUCAUAGCUCCAUGACCGCCGUAGCAAAUAGUUUGGAUAGCACACACUUAAACAACUUUCAAACAUCGUCGACAUCCACCUUAUCGAAUCGAAGUCGAGAUCGCAAAGAUGGCAAUCGCAGUGUGAACGAGACUACAAUCAAAACGGAGAACAUAUCAAAUUCGGGCCACGAUGAGCCGAUGACAAGCAGCGCCGAUGAGCCAAAGAACGAUAAGAAGAACAAGAGACAGCGACGACAACGCACACACUUCACCUCACAGCAGCUGCAGGAGCUGGAGCAUACGUUCAGUCGCAAUCGAUAUCCGGAUAUGUCCACCCGCGAGGAGAUCGCCAUGUGGACCAAUCUAACCGAGGCCCGCGUCAGGGUGUGGUUCAAGAACCGACGCGCAAAGUGGCGUAAACGUGAACGCAAUGCCAUGAAUGCGGCUGUGGCAGCUGCCGACUUCAAGUCCGGCUUUGGCACACAGUUCAUGCAACCCUUUGCCGAUGAUUCGCUGUACACAUCGUAUCCGUAUAACAAUUGGACCAAGGUGCCAUCGCCGCUGGGCACCAAACCCUUUCCGUGGCCAGUGAAUCCCCUUGGCUCGAUGGUGACCAGCAAUCAUCAUCAGAAUUCGGUGAAUUGUUUCAAUACGGGCGCCAGCAGUGUGGCGGUUAGCAUGAACAAUUCAAUGCUGCCGGGCACCAUGGGCUCAACGCUGACCAAUACGAAUGUGGGCGUGGGCGCUGCCCCCUGCCCGUAUACGACACCCGCCAAUCCGUAUAUGUAUCGCACGGCCGCUGAGCCAUGCAUGAGCAGCAGCAUGUCAUCGAGCAUUGCCACAUUGCGAUUGAAGGCCAAACAGCAUGCCACCGGGUUUAGCAGCCCAUAUUCGGCGCCAUCGCCUGUGUCGCGUUCCAAUUCAGCCGGACUGUCCGCUUGCCAGUACGGCGUCACAGAUGUUGUCUGAGAAAACGCACUCGGUGCUCUGCUCAAUCAGCACCAGCACCACUUGCAGCACUUCUCCGGCCAGCACAAUGGCAAUGCCGCCAUGCAGCAUCAUCAUCUGACCGGCAGCAGCAAUGGCAACAACAACAACAACAACAGUAGCAACAACAACAACAACAUGUUGCAUCACAAUAAUAACAAUUCACUGCUGUUGGAUCAUCAUGGUGAUUUGGGUUUAGGCAACGGUGGAGCAGGCACUGAUGAUGGAGGAGGCGGUGGUGGAGGCGGAGGUGGCACAGUGGGCAACAUCGAUGACAACAACAAAUCGCCGUUGGGCAGCAAUGGGUUAAUGUCAGCGGCUGCCGCUGCGGGUGGCGCCUCAAGUGGCAACGACAAUGGCGACGAUGUCGACGAAGAGAUCAUCGAUUGAGCGAUUGCUUAUUAAGUAAAACACAAUAUAUAAAUAUAUAUAUUUAAAAACAAUUAAAAUAUUUAAAUCAACGUACUUAUAACAUAAAUAAUUAACAAAUUUGUUAUUGUAAAACUGCAUAAAUCAGUAAAAAAAAAAACACCCAAAAAACAGAUGAAGAAAAACCAAAAAAAAAUAGCAUUAAGCGUACUUAAUUAAAUUUUAGAUGGGAAAGUCGCAAAAGGGCAGCAACAACAACAAUAACAACAACAACAACAAUGGCAACUUUUUUCGAAGAACAAUAAUUACAUUUACAAAAAGCCAAAAUGAUAAAAAAAAACCAAUCGAGAGAGAGAAUUGAAAUGCCAACAUUGCGGGCAGUUUUAAUUAGUUGGCAUUAAGCGCCAUCGCCAGAAAGGCAGCAAAAUUAAUUACAAAUUGAUAAUUGUAUUUUAUUUUUGUUCCGAUUAAAUGCCAAUUAUGUUCACUUCCCCACAAUCCCACAACCCAAAACCCCUCCCCUCCCAAAACCAAAAAAAAAAAAGUAAAAACAUUAAUGUAUAAUGUUAAGUGUUUUGUAAAUAUAAAGCAAAUAUUUAGCUAUAGACAGCAAGCUGUAUGUAUAAGAAAAAAAGUUCGAUCUUAACUAAAGAACUAAUUAGCUAUACCAAAAAGAAAGUAAAGAAAACCAAAUAAAUAAAAAUAAAAAUCAAGUUAAAGUUGUCUGCAAAUCCUUUCGAAAAAAAGAAAAACAAACACAAAAAACUCCGCCUAUACCUUAACCACUUUUUUUGUUUGGCAGCUCAUAUACCAAAUACUAUAUAUAUAUAUAAAUAUAUGAAGAACGUAUCAAAAUCAAAUCGAAAACCAAAAAAAAAAAGGAAA